UUGGAGCAGAUGCGUUCGGCCGGUCCAUGUGUGGGAUGCGGUGGGAGGUGUGCUGUGGUGCAGUGGAUAAGUGGAGUGCAGAGCCUGGAAUUUAAACGUCGAGGCUGCAGUGGAAGUUCUCCCCUCCCCAACAUCCCCUUCAAACCUGCACCUCCUCCCUAUGUAAUAUUUAUGACAAAAGGGAGGUGAAAUAUUCCAGUCACGUUUUGGGGCUGUCAGCCGGCUGUCCUGGGGAGCGCUAGAGUGGAACCCGGUCCAGUAGCAGAGACGGACCCCUGCAGUAGGAUGUAAACGGAGUUCCCACACUUCGCACUGAAGAGCACCCUGAUCCCCCAUCUUCAUUGAUGACGAUGAAUGGGCGUGGUAGCCACUGUUGCUAUGUGUAAACGAGUGCCUUGGCACCAAUGGAGACCGAAGGCUAUCGUGACCUCCCGGAGACUAGCGACGGUCAGGUAGGCCUCCUGGAUGGACAAGGUGGGGGUGGGGUGGAGGAGGACUGGAGUGCCCCCUACCCUCUUGGCUUCCAGGUGUCUUUGACCACAGUACUGAUCCUAGAGCUGGUACUGGGAUUCAGCAGCAACUUGACUGUACUCGUGCUGUACUGCGCACAGUCCAACUUGGUAGAUUCAGUCAGUAACCUCGUCACCGUCAACCUCCACGUUCUGGACAUACUGGUGUGUGUGCUGUGUUUACCGCUGACAGUGGCUGUCAUCUUGCUCCCGGCCAAUGGAAGUGGCGUCGGGAGCCUGGCCACAUUGUGCUGCUUUCACGAAGCCUGCGUCACAUUCACCAGUGUGGCCACUGCUGUUAACGUCCUGGUAAUCAGCUUGGACCGCUACGAUAUCUCUGUCCGUCCAGCCAGUCGCCUCCUGAACCCUCGCCGUGCUGGACUGCUCCUGGUGGCAGUCUGGGCCGUCUCUCUGGCUGUCUUCUUCCUUCCUUUCCUUGAAGGGGACUUCUUCUCCUCGAGGGCUGAAGACAAUGAAGAUGUGGCGCAAAGGGGCCUAAACAAUGACUUGGAGUCCACUACUGCACCCACAACAAUUUUUCCUUCCCUUGCACCUUCUGUUUUACCUUCAACGCACUCCUCCUCUCCCUCACACAACCUUUCUCCACUAUGGCAGAACAGAACCCUGCUAUGCAUCGGGGGGCAAGGCUACUACACAGGAAUGGCUAUGUAUUACCACUUGUUACUACAAGUACCCUGCUUCUUCAUUGCUGUUGUUGUAAUGCUGUUCACCUACUCCAGGAUCCUACAGGCGCUCAACAUUCGAAUAGGAUCCCACAUGAUGAGGAAUAACCGUACAAAAGAUUCUACCUGCAGGAUACGCUGCAGAAGGACGAAGAAGAAGGACCUUACCUUGCCAACAGAGGUGGUGUCCUCCAAUCAGAAUCAGAAUCUCUCUCAUCCUCCCCUUAUUCCCUCUCCCACGCCAACACCAACAUCCCCACCACCACUCUCCUCCAUGCCCCAGGGGAUAUCUGACAGUGGUGCUACAGUAACUACUGUCAGUACGGCUGCCACUACCCCCAUCGCCACCACACCUGCCACCCCUGCUUCUCCAACUCCCGCAUCAGGAUCCAUGCAGACCCAUGCCACCUGCCCACUGCCGGCUUCAUCCAUGGGGGUCCAGGCCUCAGUUUCUGCAAUCAUCGCCUUGAGACGGGCCGUGCGUAGACAUAGGGACCGUCGGGAGCGCCAACGUCGUGUCCUUAAAAUGUCUCUAAUCAUUAUAUCCACAUUCUUGGGCUGCUGGGCUCCCUUGUCCGCAGUCAACAUUCUGAUCCUCUGCAUGGGCCCCAGCGACAGUUUGGUGCGGAUCCGUCUUUGCUUCUUGGCGAUGGCUUAUGGGACAACAAUCUUCCAUCCUCUGCUCUAUGCUUUCACAAGGCAGAAGCUGCGCCGGGCCCUGAAAACGCGAGUCAAGAAAAGAGUUGUGUCCCUUCUCCAGGUGGACCCAGCUCCCAUUGGGGGGACAGUCAUUCAUAACUCCUGGGUAGAAGGGGGAGGCCAGAGGAAGAGUCGCAAGCCCCGAGUGGAGGCCAGCGACGGUACUGAUCGAUGCCUCACUGAGGCAGUGAGAGAAUAAGGAUAGUCUUCAGUGUGCACGCAUGCGUCAAGUAUGGGGAAUUUAAGGUAUUGUAAGCCAUCAUCUGUUGAUGGAUGGUGUGCAUAUCCUUGCAUGUGUGUGAAGCUAUUCGUUUACAAAGGAUAGAUCCCACGACCUCUGGUUUCGGGCUGAUGAGGAGCCUGGAGUCACUGGGUCUAAAUGAGAGUCGACCUUUCUGCGCUCCUAAUGUAAGCUAGUUGAUCACUUACAACUUGUCCCUUCCAGUAAGUUCAAUUCCUUUGUUUUGGUUGUAAGUUGAAGACAUUUGGGUUUCAGAUGAAAAGAUGAAGAUGAGAGUUGAGUUCAGAAUAACAGCUUUUCUUUCACGAUAUUUACAUCUAUUUACAUCAGUUAAACAACUCAGGACAGAGCAUCUUUCGUUUGAAUCCAUCCACUUCUGACUUCGAGAUAAGAAAUAUACAGAUCAUAUCACAAGAUCCGAAUAUCUGAAGCAAAAUGAAUUGGAAGAACAGAUUGGAUUUUGCAAAGUACGGAGACAAGCCACAAAGGAUUUGGAAAAAAAAAGUUUUAUGGACUGAUGAGACCAAGAUUAACUUCCACCAAAGUGAAAGAAAGGCCAGAAUAUGGAGAAGGAAAAGCUCAUCUUUUGAACUGAAACCCGAAUGUCUUAACCAUACGACAAAAACAAAGGAACCUUCCCGUUCCAAUAAUUUGAAAACGGACUGUAUGAUCACAUUAUGGUGACGCCACACCUGAAAAUAUUCUGCAAUAGAGCAUAAGUGUUGGAUGAAAUCGGUUGAAAACAAUGCUCCUCCAAACAUGUGCACAGACAGAACCACAAUACAUUCACACACACACAUUCUCUCUCUCUUUCUCUCUCUCACACACACAUUGCACACUGGUCUGUGCUUGGUCAUUUAAAAAAAAGCACACAAGCAGCUAUACAGUAAUAUCUACGUGCACAUGUAUUCUCAAUGAGAACAGUUUUAGCGUUCAAAUUUUUUUCCUUCCCUAUUAUUUUCAUGCCUUAAAUGAGUUCAUGGAUUAUGCGUGUGGUGCUGAACGUCUGUUGUAUGUUUACAGAGUAGGAGUGAGACUUUGCACGUCUGUGCAACAACAUGGUCAGUAAAUGCUAAUAUUUAGAAGUUUACAUUGUGAAAUUACCAGCAAACUGGUUUUGAAAAAGGAACAUGAAAAAGAAGGGACUUGCUUAUUUAUGUAUGUAUGUAUUUAUUUUUUAAAGCUAAGCAGAUUUAACCUAUAAGGCAUGACUUUUUGCAAAGAACCAUGGAGGAUAUGAUGUAGUAUGAGUGAUUGUCUUGUGUUUGCGUGUUCUGCAGUAAGCAAAGCACUGACCCCCUAAGAUGUGAACAAAAAGAAUGUGAACAAAAUUGAUGGUUUUCUAUUUAUUCUUCAGAUAACAGUGAAGCAAUGGGACUUAAAAGCGGGGGGGGGGUCUUAGGAAGACUUAAAUUAUGUGGCUAGGUAAUUAUGGUGUAACUAUGUGUAUAUGACAGGCCACUGUACUACCACUGUAUCACUUCAGCUUUUCAGUGGCAAUCAAAGGGCAAUAUUUUGUUAACGGUCCGUCUGAAAUGUCUUUGUAGUCACAGCAGGUCAACCUGUACAUGUAGUUUAAAGCAGAAAACUGCUGACAUGUAAGAAAAUCAUAUACUGUUCCAUUUGAAGUUCAUGUUUUGGACUGAACUUUGAGGCAGAACGGCCUGGCCUCUGCCAUGUUCAGCACUGUGUCCGUGACAUAUACAUACACUGUACCUGUGUUCCUCUAUUUCCUCAGGGCUCACAUUUACAAAUGUGCUGGACAUGAAAUAACAAAACCAGCCCUCAAUCAACUCUUCUAUUGUCUGUGUUACUGUAAGUUAAGAUUUAUGUCACUCCAUAGGUAGAGAAGACAUCACACUUUGUACAAACGUAGGUCUUGGAAACCAACUUGGGCUCUGGGCUAUCUUCUCCGUCAUCCUCUCACCACUUUUACACAAAUAGUGAACCAAACAGAAGUCAAGAGUUCUCGUGUGUUCAUGUACAUUUUUCAGGGAUGUAAAUAUUGAAGUGUCAGAUUUGGGUUUUAGUCAGAGAUUUUUUUUUCCUCCUUUUUAGUCACAAUCAUCUGCCGGACAGAAAGAGAGCCAUUGUGAUGACG